UACCGGCCUCCGAUUCAUCUUCGCCAUUCACGUUUGCAUCAAGAUUUAAUGCUUCCGCGUCUUCUACGAUCUCUCUGUAAUUCGAUUAGGAAAAUCACACAACUGGAUAUGAGAUUUAAUUGAGAGCAGAAAGUGAAAAUCAAGGUCGAACAUCUUUCUUCUUCUCGAGGAUGGUCUGUUUGAGUCGAGUAUUGGUGGUUUCUUGUACGGUAAAGCCUUCGCCUCCUCCUUUGAGUCGUAGAUUCGUUCAUACGAAGCGCAAAUUGAAUUCCAGAUGGCGAUCUAUGGCUACUGAUCCCGAUUCCUCUUUCUCCGCGCCGUCUGUUGAUUCUGAUUCUACUGCAGAUAAAACUGCCGCCGGAUUUUGCAUCAUAGAAGGGCCUGAAACAAUCCAGGAUUUCGCCACAAUGGAACUGCAAGAAAUUGAGGAUAAUAUUCAAAGUCGACGAAACAAAAUCUUUCUCCAAAUGGAAGAGGUUCGGAGGUUAAGGAUACAACAAAGAAUUAAGUGUGCUGAACUUGGUAUUUGCAAGGAAGAGCAAGAAAGUGAUCUUCCUAAUUUUCCAUCAUUCAUCCCAUUUCUUCCUCCAUUGACCUCGUCGAACCUCAAGGUUUAUUAUGUGACUUGUUAUUCUCUUAUUGUUGGGAUUAUUAUUUUUGGUGGACUUCUGGCACCCACUCUGGAGCUUAAGCUCGGACUAGGAGGCACGUCAUAUGCAGAUUUCAUCGGUAGUGUACAUCUGCCAAUGCAGUUGAGUCAGGUCGAUCCUAUAGUAGCAUCCUUCUCUGGAGGAGCUGUAGGGGUAAUCUCAGCCUUGAUGGUAGUUGAAAUAAACAAUGUUAAACAGCAGGAGCAUAAACGAUGCAAGUACUGUCUUGGAACAGUUCUGGUCUUUUGGGUUUUGGAUCAAUUUUGGAUUACUGUCAUUUCAAGUUGGGAUGAACUGGUAAAUGCAGGAUACCUUGCUUGUGCUCGCUGCUCAACUACUGGAUCGAUUGUUCUUACUGAACCAGUCUCCACCGUAAACCGCGGAGACCGGCCUUUAUCAUCCCCCAAAUCCGAAAGAUGUUCAAACUGUUCGGGAUCCGGAAAGGUGAUGUGUCCAACAUGUCUUUGCACCGGAAUGGCAAUGGCAAGCGAACACGACCCCCGAAUCGAUCCAUUUGAUUAGAGGUGCAUGCUCACCUUAUUUUGGUUCAAAUGUAAAAUCCAUCUAUUUAUCAAAACUCACAAGAUGACCAAUCUUUUGUACAUACGAACAUCUCAAUAGGCUUUCCUUUUCUGCAAAUGAAUAUUAUUCGUCUA